CAUUCUACAAACCGAGGGUCAUCACUGUCAGCAAAAGCCUUCGACAGAGUUCUCAUCUGGAUGAGCUUCUGUCCGCUCAGGAGGAAUCAGGUGAAUAUGAAUGGGACAGAGACUUGGCAGCCAUUCUCCUGCUGGUUCAUCUCUUCCCUCCAACUGCAAAGGGGAAGAGACAGGGUAAAAUCAGUGCACCUGAGGCAGCUGACCGUGUAGUCAAGUUUAUGAAGGCGGGGACAAGCUUUACAACAUUCCUUGCCAGAGUUGGAUCUACACAGCCCUUCCUUCUUUGUGUGGGAGAAAAUAAGAGCACUAUCCAGAGGUUUUAUAUCAUCCUGGAUCAGAAGCCUAUUCCCUGUGUGGCACAGACUGCAGUGGCUGCUUUCGACGAACUGUUCAAGGCACACUUUGUGUUUGCUGUGUCUUACGAUGCAACCCUCCUCAACUUCUACACAUUCAUCCAAACAACGGUUUAUGGCAUUGACGUGGCCACAGCAAAGGAGAGCCCCAGAGUCAAAGAAAUCAGAGCGAGGAUUAACAACAUUUGAUGUUAACCUGUUAUGUCUGUAAAGUUCAGCUCAGAAAUUGUUCAGGCCUCUUCCAGCAUUUAAAGUUUAGUCAUGCUUUGUAUCCAGGGAGAAAACUACGUUUGAGAUGUGGGGAACAUUGUUGUUCAUCUGUUUUUUACACAUAUUCUGGGUUCAAGAAACACUUGGUAAAAGCACAUGGAGACACACUUGCCACUGAAGUUCUUAAUGUGGACAAGUUAUUGAUGGGGUUGAGACAGCUAAUGUUUGUGCUAAUGAUCCAUUGAAUAACUCUCCUGUUGGUCAACAAAAUCUUCCCAAAAAAAGACAGUUAAUGGACAUAUGCAGCUCUGUUAUUGCUCAAGUUCAAGCAGCAGGAGUUUCAGAAAGUAUUGUCCAGUCUUUAACUUGUUCAAUGGAGAAAGUUGUUAAUGAUGUUCAUGUUCAAGCACAGGAUGCUGUUCUUCAAUGUCUUUCAUCAGAGGGUAAUGAACAGACCUUAAACAAAGUCAAAAAGUGUUUUGAGAACUUAGAAAAUCUGUUUGUGCACCUUAAUACAGAAACAAAGAGACAAAGAUAUUUUGAAAAAAAAUGGAAAAUUGUUGAACCAAUAGAGUAUGUUCUUGGUGUACGUUAUGAUACACGCGUUGAUAAAACCACAGGUACAUACAGUCAGGUUCCUGUCAAUGACACAUUUAUGUAUGUACCUAUUUUAGGAACUCUUGAGUCAUUGUUCACCAACCAAGAACUCAGUAGCUGCUUUCAGCAAGGGAAGAGUCAUGAAGAUGGGAUAUAUAGAGACAUCAAUGAUGGUUCUUAUCUCAGAAGUCAUUCUUUAUUUUCAGAGCAAGAACAUGCACUCCAAAUAUAGCUGUAUUAUGAUGAUUUUGAGACAGCAAAUCCUUUGGGACCCAAAAGGGAUUCACACAAACUUUAUUUUAAGAAAUUUGCCAACUAAGCUAAAUUCAGUUUUGAUGAACAUUCAUCUGGUGUCUCUAUUCCAUGUCGAGGACUUAAAGAAGUAUGGUUUUGGCCCAGUCUUGCAGCCGCUUCUUAAUGAUUUAAAAUUUCUUGAGACAGAAGGUAUUAAGGUGCCAUUUUCUGACACACCAUUGAAGGGUUCAAUUGUUCAAGUUACUGGUGAUAAUUUGGCAUUACAUGGACUUUUUGGCAUGGUGGAAUCAUUUAGUGCAACCUAUUGUUGUCGAUUUUGUUUAACUGAUAAAACAAAGUUACAGUCAGUAUUCAGUGAGGAUGACCCAAACAUUAUUUUGCGCACAAAAGAGCUCUAUUCCGAACAUUGCAACAACAUGACACAAAAUCCCACGCUAAUCCACUCUUUUGGUGUAAAAAGAGAAUGUCCUCUUAAUGCACUGCAGUAUUUUCAUUGUUCAAACAACUAUGCAGUUGAUAUUAUGCACGACCUUUUAGAAGGUGUUGUGCAAUAUGAACUUCAGCUUCUUUUUCAGUACAUGGUUAGGACUAAUAUAGAUUUAAACACCCUUUCAGAAAGGAUACAGAGCUUUAACUAUGGCUACCUUGAGAGAAACAACAGACCUAGUGCAAUCAGAAUUGAUGGUGGCAAUGACCUUGGCCUCAAUGCUAUUCAGUCGUGGUGCCUCUUACGCAACACACCUUUGAUGUUUGGAGAUCUAAUCGACAGGGACAACAGUUACUGGAGAGUAAUUCUUCUUUUGAUUCAAAUUGUCAAUACUGUGUGCUCACCAGUAAUUACAGAUGGUAUGACUUAUUUUUUAAAGCAUCUGAUUUCUGACCAUCAUAAACUCUUUAAAUCUGUAUUUACAGAUAAGAAGCUGAUUCCAAAACAUCACCUAAUGAUACAUUAUCCAAGAUGUAUCAGAAAAAUAGGACCACUCAUCCAUGUGUGGUGUAUGAGAUUUGAAGGGAAACACGAUUUGUUUAAGAAAUCUGUGAAGAACUUUAAGAACGUUACUAAAAUCUUGGUGAAAAAGCACCAAAGGCAGCUGGCUUUUCAUUGGGAAAAGUUUUACUUUCAAAGGUUUCAGUUUGGCCCUCUUAAAGAUUAUCCAACAAAUGAACUAAAUUGCACGGAGGUUUUAAGGUCUUGUCCCAGAUUGAAUGUGCAGUGUGUGUCCACGACUUCAUGGGUGAAAAACUUUGGAACACAAUACCGCAUUGGAAUGUUUGUUUGCACAAGUACUGAAAAUGAAAUGCCUGUUUUUCAAAAAAUUGUCAACAUCAUUGUCAACAACGAUGAAGCAUUUCUUUUGACUACUAAAGUCACUACAGAGUUUUUUGAUGAGCACCUGAGUGCUUUCAAAAUAGACAUUGUGGAGGAUGUGUUUGCUGUUAUUUGUGUGUCUGACCUGAUAUAUUAUCAGCCUUAUGACAGACAGUUUUCAGCUGAUAAUGAUGAAAAAACUUAUAUUGUGCCCCGCUGCUGUUUUAUAUGAGCUGCGCAUUGUUUGAGGUCUUUGAAAAAGAACUGUUUAAUAAAAGGGUUAAACUUUGAAUUUCUGUUGUUUUUUAAUAUUUAGGGUUUUUUCCCAUUAUACUUUGUAUUGAGAUGCUUAGUAGUCCAUUCUUUACUAU